ACAGUCUGUCUGGCUUCAGGCUACAGCUCUCUAGUGUGGCGCAAAUAAUCAAUAAACCAUUUUGAUAUCGUGUUGCUUUUGAAUGUUUAAUUGUUUUUAAUACUUACCUACGUUUAAACGUGUUAUUGUUUUUUUUCGGUCACACUGCGCUCGUGACACGAUGACAUUAUCUUUGUGCCCAACACGCCUAAAGUAUUUUCCAUAGUUUUGCCGCACUGGACCAAUUUGAAAUGAAUAUAUUAUAUCAAUCCAGACGAAGCGUGGACGGAGGUUAAUGAUUGUGUACACUUACAUACAUUAUUGCGUAAUAUGCGGCGAUACGACGACCAAGAGAACAGACGUUUUCAAGAUUCAGAUGAGAAGCGACCAAUUUAAAAUACAAACCAAAAGAGACGAAGCGGACAGAGGUUAAUUUUUGAACAUCACAGGAAAGCGGAUUUAUAUUGUUACCUUAUGUUAUGGUGAACCAACCACUCGGAUGCUGUCCCAAAGAAAAGAAUAAGUGAAAAUGAAAUAACCUAGGACACAAGCAUGGCAAUUAAAAUGGACAAAACGGUUGUAUUUUUGCGACAAAUAUAAAAGAAAAUCGAUAUUAAAAUGUCAAAAAGUGUUGACAAACGGCACGAAUGCAUGGCGUGCCACCAAUUGUUUCUGGAGAAACCGAAGCUGAAAAAACACGUGCGCAAACAUCGUACGAAAGAACCGCGCGAAUGCCCCUUGUGCCAUAAAUCGUUUACCAAUGACCAUUUUUUCGAGAAGCACAGUGGUUGGCACAAGGGAGUGAGACGGUACGAUUGCGCCGUAUGUCAGGAAACGUACAACGACAAACGGUUGUUUAGAGCACACAUGGGCACACACUCCAUCGAGUACCAGUGCGCAUUGUGCCACAAAUCUUUCGCCAGCCUGACCGAGUUUGAUAAACACAAGAGCGUACACGAGGGUGUGAAAUGGCACGAAUGCCACUUGUGCCAUAAAUCGUUUGCGCACAGGGACGACUUCAUCAAUCAUUACAGUACGCACGAGGGCAAGAGAAUUCACCAAUGCGGCUAUUGUCAGAAAGUGUUCGCCCAGAGCUAUAGUCUUAAAAUACACGAGCGAGGGCAUACGGCUGAAAAGCCUUACGAAUGCGACGUGUGCCAUAAGAUGUUUGCCACCAAUGCGAGUCUCAAGUGUCACCAGCGGUGCGUGCAUUCGGACGACAAACCGUAUCAGUGCAGCUUGUGCCACAAAUCGUUCGCCCUCCUCGGCACCCUGAAAAUGCACCAGCGCGUUCACACGGGCGAAAAACCUUACGAAUGCCCGGUAUGCCACAAGACGUUUAGCCUGUCGAGCAGCUUGUACAGUCAUCAGCGCAGGCACGAAACCGUCGAAUCGCACCGUUGCGCACCGUGCCGCAUGUCGUUUGCUAGCAGAGCGGACUACAAGCUGCACAAGAGCACGACAACACACCCUGAACAAAAACGGUUUAAAUGCGGCGUGUGCCAAAAAUCGUACACCAGACGUUCCUCGCUGAAAUCGCACUUGCGCACGCACGCGGGCGGUAUUAAACCGUACAAAUGUAGCAUGUGUGGCAAAUCGUUCAACCAAAAAAGCACUCUGAUGAAGCACGAGCUCGGGCACACGGGAGUCAAACCGCACGCGUGCGACGUGUGCCACAUGAAGUUUGCGACCAACGCCAAUCUGAGAAAACACGAGCUUACCCACACGGGCGAAAAGCCGUACAAAUGCGGCGUUUGCGACAAAUCUUUCACCCAAAACGGUAGCAUGAGAGUGCACGAGCGCACGCACACGGGAGUCAGACCGCACGCGUGCAGUGUGUGCCAGAUGACGUUCAUGACCAAAGCAACUUGCGUCGCACACGAGCGCACGCACACGCGCGAAAAGCCGUACAAAUGCAGCAUAUGCGACGAAUCGUUCAACCAAAACUGCAGUCUGAGAAAGCACGAGAACACGCACGCGGUCAACAAGAAGUCGCACAAAUGCGGCGUUUGCGACAAAUCGUACACCACACUCUACCACCUGAAAUCGCACGAGCUCACGCAUGAGCUCACGCACACGGCAAAACGGCCGUUCAAAUGCGCCACGUGUCCCAGGUCGUAUGGCAGAUCCGCCGACCUCAGAUUGCACGAGCUUUCGCACGCAGGCCAAAAACCGUACAAAUGCCACGAAUCGUUACAAUGUGACGAAUCGUUCGCACACAACUACACUCUGAAAAGCCACCAGCGUACUCACACGGACCGACCCCUUUACAUGUGCAAGAUUUGCGACAAACCGUUCAACCGAAGGCACCAUCUGGCCAGGCACGAGUCCACGCAUGCGCGCACCGAUAGGAGACACGCGGUCCAGAUACCGUAUAAGUGCGGCGUGUGCGACAAAUCUUUCAAACAAUCGAGUAGCCUUAGAGUGCACGAGUACACGCACACGGGCGAAAAGCCGUACGAAUGCGCGGUGUGCCAUAAAGCAUACACCACACGUUACAGCCUGGGGACGCACAUGCUCGGGCACACGGGCACCAGACCGUACAAAUGCAAACUGUGCGACAAAUCGUUCGUGCUGAGCUCCACCCUGAAAACGCACGAGCGCUUGCACACCGGCGAAAAACCCUACAUGUGCAUCGUGUGCCCGAUGAGGUUCGCCGCGCGGACCACUCUCAACAAGCACAAGCUCACGCACACCGGCCGGAAACCUUACAAAUGCGACUUGUGCCACAAAUCUUUCUCCCAAAACUCCAGUUUGCGCAGCCACAAGCGCUUCACGCACUUUGGCGAAAAACCGUACGCAUGUGACUCGUGUGAGAAAUCCUUUACCAACUGCGAAAGCCUCCGGAUGCACAAGUACAAACACACCGGGGAAACCCCGUUUGAAUGCAGUCCGUGUCAGAUGGCGUUCACCAACUUGAGCUCUUUCAGGCACCACGACCGCACCGUUCACUUCAUUGGCAAGCACUACAGAUGCGAACCGUGCCAGAUGACGUUCUCCAACAGUACCGCCCUCAGAGUGCACGAGCGCGAGCACACCGGCGAAAAACCGUACCAAUGCGAUCUGUACAUGAAAUCGUUCACCGCAAAGGGCCACUUGAAACAGCACAAGUACCGGCCCACAGCCGAGAAAUCGUACGAAUGCCAGCCGUGCCAGAUGUCGUUUCGUUCUGCUAAUGCCCUCAAAGUGCACGAGCGCGAGCACACCGGCGAAAAACCGUACCAAUGCAAUCUGUGCUUGAAAUCGUACACCCGAAAGAGCUACUUGAAACAGCACAAGUGCCGGCCUACAGCCGAGAAAUCGUACGAAUGCGCCGAGUGCCAGGAAACGUUUAGCACUAAGCGUUCACUGAGAGAACACUUGCUCAACCACAUCAGUGACGACCCGUAUCAAUGCAAACUGUGCUUGAAAUCGUACACCCGAAAGAGCUAUUUGAAACGGCACAAGUGCCGGCCCACAGCCGAGAAAUCGUACGAAUGCCAGCCGUGCCAGAUGUCGUUUCGUUCUGCUAAUGCCCUCAAAAAGCACGAGCGCGAGCACCCCGGCGAAAAACCGUAUCAAUGCAAUCUGUGCUUGAAAUCGUACACCCGAAAGAGCUACUUGAAACUGCACAAGUGCCGGCAUACAGCCGAGAAAUCGUACGAAUGCGCCGAGUGCCAGGAAACGUUUAGCACUAAGCGUUCGUUGAGAAAACACUUGCUCGACCACGUCAGUGACGGCCCGUAUCAAUGCAAACUGUGCUUGAAAUCGUACACCCAAAAGAGCUACUUGAAACUGCACAAGUGCCGGCAUACAGCUGAGAAAUCGUACGAAUGCGGCGAGUGCCAGGAAACGUUUAGCACUAAGCGUUCGUUGAGAGAACACUUGCUCGACCACGUCUGUGACGACCCGUACCCAUGUAAUCUGUGCCAAAAGUCGUUUGCCACGUGCGUUGAGUACAUAAACCACAAGAGCGUGGAUCACGGGAGUGGAACCUUCAUACCCCGAACUACCCCUCCGUGGUUGCGAAAAUGAGCACAGAGAUGUGACAUAGAGACAUAGGUCAAAGCUGGGCAUGUAUCGUCUUAGGUUAACCGGCCACUAGGACCAUCCCGACUUACAACCUUGCCUUCAGCUUUCCCUAUCCGAUGACUGUAUUUUCAAGUCUAAACCUCCUCCUAAAUUUAAUAUCUUAUACAUCUAUUAUAUAUGUUAUAUUUUUUGUUUAUACAGAAGUAAAUUUAUUUAUUUUAUUUUAUACAGAGCUAAAUGAUAAAAAUUAGGUUUUUUCAAAAUUUUUUAUGUUAUUGUAUUAUUGUUAUUUCAAUAUUAACAAAUAUAUUUAUAGAUAUUUUUUACAAGUUGGCAUUUUUGUGCUUGU